AUGGCUGCAGGGACUGAUUUUCUGCUGAGGCAGUGCUCAGGUGAUGUGGAAUAUAAGAUGACCUCAUAUUCAAAGUAUAGAGGGCGAGAAGAAAAAAGCCAAAUCAGUCAGAAAUGGAAACUUUUGGGACUUAUGAUGAGUGCCAUCGCUGGCUGGAGAACUGCUAAACUGCCUCACUACAGGGACCAAAGUGCAGUACUCGAUACAGGGGCAUAUGGCCCAUGCACUAAAGAGGACGGCUACUGCCAAAGUUAUGGCCAUACAGUUCCACUCUCAGAUGGAGGAAAAGCCUUUUGUAUUAUCUACUCACUCAUUGGGAUUCCAUUUACACUCCUUUUCCUAAGUGCCAUAGUGCAGCGUAUUAUGGUGUACAUCACCAGAAGACCCAUCAUUUACAUUCAUACUCGCUGGGGAUUUUCGAAGCAAACAAUCGCCAUUGUUCAUGCAGUGGGUCUUGGAAUCAUUGUUGUUACCUGCUUCUUUUUCAUCCCGGCAGCGAUAUUUUCAGUGCUAGAAGGCAACUGGAACUUUCUGGAAUCUUUUUACUUUUGUUUCAUUUCCUUGAGUACAAUUGGCCUUGGUGAUUAUGUUCCAGGAGAGGGUUAUAAUCAAAAAUUCAGAGAGCUCUACAAAAUUGGAAUAACAUGUUAUCUUAUGCUGGGCCUUAUUGCAAUGCUGUUGGUUCUGGAAACCUUCUGUGAGCUUCAACAACUGAAAAAAUUUAGAAAAAUGUUUUAUGUGAAGAAAAGUAAAGGGGAUGACCAGCUCUGCAUUAUGGAACAUGACCAGCUCUCUUUCUCGUCUAUCUCAGACCAGGCAGCUGUCUUAAAGGAAGAUCAAAAACUAAAUGAACCAUUCAUGAGUGUUCCACCAGUGACCUACUAUGCAACAGAUGGCUCCAUAAAUGGAUAGAACAGUCUUGUCAUUUUGAGUAGUGGCAUUAGGCUGAAGUGUACCAGUGCAGAUUAAGAAACCAUAAAACACCUUAGACAACAAUGUGAUUUUGUAAAAGUCAUAUUUAAGAACAGGAUUCAUAACUUAAACCAUCCUAGUGCUGAAUAUUUAGUAUUGUAGAUAACAAUGUUCUAAAUAUGUGCCCACAUUUAAGAAGAGAUAGAAUUGUGUUGGUAUCUACAGUUAUGUGAAGUUUAUCUGAUAAAUACUUGAAAAACUAGUGACUGAUUAUGAUGUACUGCAUUACUUUCAAGUCUAGCAUAAUGGAUAUGUAGUUUGCACUUCUAGUUUGUUUCUAUAUACUGUGUAAUUUAGAGAUUAUGUGAAGUAUACAUUUUUUUUCUUCCUGAAAUAGUGUUAGGUGCUGUUAGUUAUGCACAUACUUAGAGUUCAGUCCUUUUAAAUGCUGCUUUACCUAAACUGCUUUAAUGAAUUGCACUGACAGGAAAGAUAAAAGAGUGAAGUGAUCAUAGUUAUGUUAACAGUGGCACCUUUCCUGUGACCAUUUACAGCUGCUUUUCAUUGUAUAUUAAAGUAUUUUGUCAAAUAGCACUUAGAAUGUUUGAUGUUAAUCAAGGGAGUUUAGAUUUCAAGAUAGGAGAGCUAGCUUCUCCUACUGACAAUUACUUUUACUCAGGGUUAUCCUGAGGUAGUACUUGUGUUUGGGAGAACCAGGCACAUGUGUUUUAGAAGGAAACUUCGCGGUAGCUUUGGAAGGCUGAUGCUAGGAGCACACAUUUAACUGUUAAUUAGAUGAUGUGGAGUGGGAGGCAUUUACCUGAACUAGAUGUCAACAUUACACCCUUGACUGGGUUAAGGAGAGGGAGAAACAAAUAUUAAAGUGGACCACAAAACUGAAGUAUUUCCUUUGAUGGACUGCUGGUCUCUUACUGGAUAUUGUCACUCUGCAACAUCAUCUAAUGCAUUCACUGAACAAAUUAGAACUGGUUAGGCUAGCCCAUUGGGUUAUAACCUAUGCUAAGGAGGAGGCCAGCAAUAUCCACAGAUUUUAAAUGUGCUCUACCACACAGAUGAGCUGGGAUAUACAGAAAAGUUUAUAGUACAUUAUAAACAACAUAGCAACAAAAUGAAAAGUAUUAAUUAAAACACAUUAGCAAUUUGCAAGCAUAAAUGUUAUCAUUUAACUUUUCACACUUGAAUACAUAAAACUGACAGGGCUUCUUUGACAUCUAUAUUUUUGUGUAACUAUUAAUUCUCUUAGCACAUGCUUCUUUCCUGUUUCUGCUAGUAAGAAAUGCACGCAAGCACCUGCAGUUGCAGAUUGUGGUUCUCUGCUCAGUUAGCAGAAUCACAUGUUCUGUCCAAAAUAAUUCCAUCAGAGACCUGAUUGUACAGUAUUCUGGGCUAAAACCUGCUAAGCCAUUUUGAGGCCAAGAUUCUGAUAUCUAUGCUUUUUGUUAACUCUAUAAUUAUCUCUUGCUUUGGAUGUAUCCUUAAAGCACUUUCGCAGUAAAUCCUGAUCGCAUUUUGUUGUACUCAGUCUCCUCUUGGUAUUGUUUCCCAUGUACAGGUACAUUUCCAUGUGUGUCUCUAUAUGUGUGCAUGGCACAUCAAGGCUAUGUCAGUACAGUAUUUCACUUUGGUGUCUUGCUGGAAGCACCCUUCUUAUGAUGAGUAUCUUUUUUAUGACAGAAUGUAAGUGUGGCAUUCAGAAUUCUAGAAUGUCAGAGUUGAAUGCAAUCAUGCAAUAUCUUAAAAUCUGACGCAUUUAGAUUGAGUAUUAAGUACAUGGAGAGAAAAAGUCAGUCUGCUGCCACUGUGGCAGUUUCAGGUCAUUGUUGUUUCUUUUACAAUAAAAGAAUAUCACAUGAUAUUCAAUACUGUAAUUUGGGCUGAAAGGUUUCAGCAAUCUUGUAGGCUCAAUAGUGUGACUGUGAAACACCUCCAAAUGAGUUCUGAAAACCAGUGCCCAAGAUAAAGAGUAUUCCAAGUUAAAUAGUAAUUCAAUAAAAUGUCUCCUCAUAAUAUAAUAACAAGAUACAGAUUUAGUGUGAAGAGAAAUAGUAGAACACAUGCAUAGUUCAUUGUGUGCCCUUUGCAUUUUAUUUUUAAAAAGUGAGGUAGAGCUUCCUCAGGCAGUGUAUCUAGUAGGGUCAGUAGAGCAACGUAUAUGUUAAAGCAGAUUCUCCUGCCUAAGUAUUUAAGUGUACUUGCUUUAUAAAUAAACAUAGAUUUGAUGUUCUUCAGGAAGAAUAUCAAAUUGCAGAAGUUAUACUAAAGCACAUGCAUUUUGUAAAGAGAAUCUGUUAAGGUUUAUGUACAGUACUGUAAUAUAAUGUAUGAUUUUGAAAUAUCGACAUCAAGGAUUCAGAAGUGUUUAAUGCCUCUUGAUGCUGUAUGAGUUUGAUGUCUAAUGUUGGAUUUCCAAAUUAAAAGAAGUUAUUUUUUAUUUAAAAAAAA